AUGAAAAUUCAAUUUUCAGAGUUAUUAAUCAUAAAUAUUAGUCGUGAUGAGAGUGUACUAGUUGAAGAAUGGAAAGCGCUGAAUAAAAGUAACUCGAUUCCCAUUGACGAGCGAGAACGUAAACGCCACCAAAAGACCUCUAUUAUGAAAUGUUUACCUGAAUCCAAUAGCCCUUCUCAAAUCUUGAUGUCUCAUUUUGACGAAAAUUCUGGUUCCAGUGAGGAAAAUCCAAUAUUGCAUCUUGUUACCGCAGUAUAA